UAACUAUAUAAACAUGGGGACUGUGCAGGCAUUAGAAGAAGCACACAGAGGCAAGAGCUGACAGAGAGGAGGCAACUGAAGGAGACUGCAGGGAGCCUUCAACGUCUUAAGACACAGAGAGAUACACACUAACAGAACAUCAAACAAGAUGUCUUCAGCUAAGGGAGUAUCCAUUGGCAUUGAUCUGGGCACCACCUAUUCUUGUGUUGGGGUUUUCCAGCAUGGCAAAGUGGAGAUCAUCGCCAACGACCAGGGAAACAGGACCACUCCCAGCUAUGUGGCCUUCACUGACACAGAGAGGCUAAUCGGAGAUGCUGCCAAGAAUCAGGUCGCCAUGAACCCCACCAACACCAUCUUUGAUGCCAAACGGCUCAUCGGGAGAAAGUUCACAGAGCCAGUCGUCCAGUCUGACAUGAAACUCUGGCCUUUCAAGGUCAUCAGUGACAGUGGAAAGCCAAAAGUCCAGGUGGAGUAUAAAGGGGAGAUCAAGGCCUUCUUCCCAGAGGAGAUUUCGUCCAUGGUGCUGGUCAAGAUGAAGGAGAUUGCUGAGGCCUACCUGGGACAGAGGGUGUCAAAUGCAGUCAUCACAGUUCCAGCAUAUUUCAACGACUCCCAGAGGCAAGCGACGAAGGAUGCUGGUGUGAUCUCUGGACUGAACGUCCUGAGAAUCAUCAAUGAGCCCACAGCAGCAGCCAUUGCGUACGGUCUGGAUAAAGGCAAAAGAGGAGAGAAGAACGUGCUCAUCUUUGAUCUGGGUGGAGGAACCUUUGAUGUGUCCAUCCUAACUAUUGAAGAUGGUAUCUUUGAGGUGAAAGCCACUGCGGGAGACACGCACCUGGGAGGGGAGGACUUUGACAACAGGAUGGUGAACCACUUUGUUGAGGAAUUCAAAAGAAAACACAAGAAGGACAUCAGCCAAAAUAAGAGGGCCGUGAGGAGACUGCGUACAGCCUGUGAGAGAGCAAAAAGGACCCUGUCCUCCAGCACCCAGGCCAGCAUCGAGAUCGACUCUCUGUUUGAGGGCAUAGAUUUCUACACAUCUAUCACAAGGGCUCGCUUUGAGGAGCUCAACUCAGAGCUCUUCAGGGGAACGCUGGAACCUGUCGAGAAGUCCCUGCAAGAUGCAAAGCUGGACAAGUCAAAGAUUCAUGAAAUUGUUCUAGUUGGUGGCUCAACCAGAAUCCCCAAAAUCCAGAAGCUCCUUCAAGACUUUUUUAAUGGCAGAGAACUAAACAAGAGCAUCAACCCUGAUGAAGCUGUGGCCUACGGUGCGGCAGUGCAGGCCGCGAUCCUCAUGGGAGACACCUCAGAGAACGUCCAGGAUCUGCUGCUGCUGGAUGUUGCUCCUUUGUCUCUGGGCAUUGAGACUGCAGGUGGAGUCAUGACGCCUCUGAUCAAACGAAACACCACCAUCCCCACCAAGCAGACUCAGAUCUUCUCCACGUACUCUGACAACCAGCCAGGAGUGCUGAUCCAGGUGUAUGAAGGUGAGAGAGCCAUGACUAAGGACAACAAUCUCCUUGGAAAAUUUGAGCUCACGGGCAUCCCUCCUGCUCCAAGAGGUGUACCACAAGUGGAAGUAACUUUCGACAUCGAUGCCAACGGCAUUCUGAAUGUGUCCGCUGUGGACAAAAGCACGGGCAAAGAGAACAAAAUCACCAUCACCAAUGACAAGGGCCGCCUGAGCAAAGAGGAGAUCGAGCGCAUGGUGCAAGAAUCUGAGAAAUACAAGGCUGAGGAUGACAUGCAGAGAGAAAAAGUAUCUGCAAAGAACUCCCUUGAGUCGUACGCCUACCAGAUGAAGAGCAGUGUCGAGGAUGAGAAUCUGAAAGGAAAGAUCAGUGAGGAGGAUAAAAAGAUGGUGAUUGACAAGUGCAACCAGACGAUCUCCUGGCUGGAGAACAACCAGCUGGCAGAGAAAGAUGAGUAUGAGCAUCAGCAGAAGGAACUGGAGAAGGUGUGCAGGCCGAUUGUGACCAAGCUGUAUCAGCAGGGGGCGACACCACCAGGAGGCUGUGGAAGUCAGGCGGGAGGCAGCUCCAAAGGCCCCACUAUUGAGGAAGUGGACUAAAACCAUGAUUUCAGCAUGUUCAGAUAUCUUGAAUGUAUCACGGUUGUUUGAUGGUAGAAUCACGUCAUUUUAUUGUUUUUUUUU